UAAAACCCUCCUCUCUCCGCACCAACAUGAAGACCUCAACCUUGGUGGCUGCUUCUGCCGGCACCAUCUUGACCGGCCUCUUGGCCUACGCCAUAUUCUUUGACCACAAGAGACAGACCGAUCCCGAGUUCCGCAGAAGCCUGAAGAGAAACAACCGUCGACUUGCGCGUGCUGUCAAGGAGGAGGCAGAGGCCCAGGGUGCUAUGCAGCGGGAAGCCAUCAAGAAGGCAGUCCAGCAGGCCAAGGACGAAGGUUUCCCAACGGACUUGGAAGAGAAGGAGGCCUAUUUCAUGGGUCAAGUUGCUCGCGGAGAGUCUCUGUGUGCCGAAGGCUCCGACCAGAUUGAAGCUGCUUUGUGCUUCUACAAGGCUCUCAAGGUCUACCCUCAGCCCAAGGACCUGAUCUCGAUAUAUGACAAGACCGUCCCUAAGGAUGUGUUGGAGAUCUUGGCCGAAAUGGUCGCCAUGGACGCCGGUCUCAAAUUGGGCUCUUUCACUGGCGAGGGUGGCAGUGCUGACAACCACGGCGUCGAAUAAAUGUCAUAAGAAAGCAGCCCUCCACAGUACUUUACCCUCCGCGUCUCCGUCAUUUCGCCUUUUCCCGCAAUAGGAGUCUUGGCCUUUGUCUCUUGAGCUUCCGGUCCACGCUGGGCCUUGGCCUGGUAACUUCUCCAGACUGACCUAUCUGAUUCUCCUUUCUUCAAAUCUCUCUCUCACGUGGCGCUCGCAACAAUCUCCACUACUUGUGACCUUUCUUCUUCCACCCCUGUACAUUUGCAUUGUGUCUUGGCCGCCGAUGCGGCGGACCAUCUUGGUAUUUCUCGGCGCCAUGACUUUUCGUUCUAUUUAUGUGUAUCUCUCCCCUUUCGCCUAUCAUCGGUCUCCUUGCCCCGGACCUGGCCAGACACCACAUUUCGCUGGGUGGCUGAGCCCCGGUAGUUCCUCUGUCUCCGAAUCCUCCGUUACGAUGGGUCUGCUUUGGGAUGUAUUUUAGAAGGAUCAGUAGUUCUAGCAG